UAGCUGCCAGUUGAUUCGCGCAGCUCAACCACGGCGGUCGGACGUCGAAAGAUCUUUGCCCCACCGCUGUAUCCGAAAGAUACGUAUCUGACAAACGGGCUGCUGGCCAUAUAGCCAUAUAUGGAAGGCCUCUGAUGCAGUCUACUGCGCGUUGCCUUCGUACACCUCAACAGUCAGUCUCCAGCCGCAUCUAUAGGUUGAUUGAUCCACAGUAAUCAUGGGUCUGGGUGCCACCACAGUGAAACAUCUGCUGCUCUUGCUGAACUUUGUGUUUUCCGUGCUCGGGCUAGUGCUGAUCGCCUUCGGAAUUUUCUUUCUGAUCUCCGCCGCUGAGAAUGCAGUCAGCAUUGGGGAAAAUGUGGCCGGGGGCCUGAUCAUCGCCUUGGGCGUUGUCAUCUUGAUAAUUGCGAUCUUUGGCUGCCUGGCCGCUAUCCACGAGGCUCCUGUGAGGCUCCUCAUCUAUGUGGGAGCCGUGGUGCUGCUGAUCCUUGCCCAGCUGAUGUUCCUCGGCAUGUCCUCACACGGCACCAAGGACGGAAUCUCGGGCAGCAUCAACGAGGGCUUCGACCGCCUCUGGGAAUCGGAGCGCAACCAAACGGGCGCCCUGGGCUACUACGAGUCCUGGCUGCAGUGCUGCGGGGUCAACAGUUCCGAGGACUACUGGAUCAUCCAUCACGGGAUACCGUCCAGCUGUUGUCCGGAAAACAAGUGCUUGGACACGCCGAGCAGGGUUUUUAGGACCGGCUGCAAGGCCGCAUUUGUCAAGUAUCUGGACGAUAAGUUACUGGUGUUCAAAAUCGUCUGCUGGCUGCUUGUCAUCGGAGAGGCUGUGGGAGCUGUUUUCGGUUGGCUGCUUUACAGCAACGUAAAGAACCAAAGCCGCCGCAACAAUGCCGUCUGGAUGUAAGGGGUGUUCUAAGUCAUCAUAGUCUUAGUUAAUAAUAUAUUUAAAUCUGUUUUCUAAUCAAAUGUUUAUGAAUAUUUAAUAACUGAUUACUAAAGGCCAACGUAAUUUGUACAAAGAACUUAACACUUUUAAGUGCAAUUUCCAAAAAGUUUGUACUGGGAUUAAUGUGCAUAUACUGGAUUUUUGAUAACGUUAGCUACAUAAAGAUAUUUUUCUUUUAGCAAAAUCUACGUAUUUUGCUUACCAAUA